CGACAGCGGGAGAGGAAGUGUGACAGGAAGGAAGAGAACGAGCGGCAGCAGAGGCGAGAAGCGGUUCAGGGCAAGAAGGAAGGCAGGCGAGCUUUAGCAUUAAAAUGUGAGUCCACCCUUUGCAUUAAAAUCCAAAAAGUCCUUUGGAUUUCCUGUCACUGGGCUACAGCAAACAUGCAGCAAGCUUUAGAAAUGGCACUGGAUCGUGCUGAGUAUAUCAUUGAAAGUGCUCGCCAGAGGCCUCCCAAGCGAAAAUAUUUAUCCAGUGGAAGAAAAUCUGUAUUUCAAAAAUUGUAUGAACUGUACCUGGAAGAAUGUGACAAGGAGCCUGAAAUAAAGCAGAAGCUGAGACGCAGUGUGAAUUUGUUGGAGAAGCUGGUCAUGCAAGAGGCACUGUCCUGCCUGGUGGUGAACCUCUACCCAGGAAAUGAGGGUUAUUCACUGAUGCUCAGGGGGAAGAACGGCUCAGAUUCAGAAACCAUUCGGCUUUCCUAUGAAGAGGGAGAGUUGCUUGAAUAUUUAGAUGCAGAGGAGCUUCCCCCAAUCUUAGUUGAUCUCCUGGAAAAAUCUCAGAUCAAUAUUUUCCAUUGCGGAUGUGUCAUAACAGAAAUACGAGACUAUCGACAGUCCGGUAAUCUGAAAUCUGCAACAUACCAAAGCAGACACAUCUUGCUGCGGCCAACGAUGCAGACCUUGGUUUGUGACGUGCAUUCCAUUACAAGCGACAACCACAAAUGGACACAGGAAGAUAAACUCUUACUGGAAAGCCAGCUGAUCCUGGCUACAGCAGAACCUCUCUGCCUGGAUCCGUCCAUUGCCGUCACCUGCACAACCAACAGACUCCUGUACAACAAACAGAAAAUGAACACUCGGCCCAUGAAACGAUGUUUCAAAAGGUAUUCCCGAUUGUCUCUGAACCGACAGCACGAGGUGUCCCAUUGCCCGACUCCACCCCAGCUCAGGUUGCUUGACUAUUUGCAGAAGAGAAAGGAGAGGAAAGGAGGCCAGCAAUAUGAUCUCAAAGUCUCCAAAGCUGGAAAUUGUGUAGAUAUGUGGAGACAGAAUCCUUGCCACUUGGCUGCACCGUCUGAAGUGGAUGUGGAAAGAUAUGCUAAAGUGGAAAAAUCUAUCAUACCUGUGGAAAGAUAUGCUAAAGUGGAAAAAUCCAUCAUUCCUGAUGACUCGCCGAUGAGUGUCUGGCCGGCACAUGAGGUAAGAGACGAUUAUGUCUUUGAAUGCGAAGCUGGCAGCCAGCUCCAGAAAACAAAGCUGACCGUUUUCCAGUCGCUGGGGUAUCCCUUGUACUAUGGCAAAAUACAGAUCGUCAAAGGGGACGAAGAUGGCGACAGCCCGGGAGCUCCACCGCACUUUCUUAUCGGCUCAAAGUCAGAAGCAGAGAGGCUGGUCAGUCAGUACCAGGAGCUAGUUCAGAAUGAAGCAAAAUGCCCGGUGAAGAUGUUUCAUAAUUCCGGCGGGUCUGUCCAUCUCAGUCAGCUUUCUCCUGGGAAGGAAAUUGAACAGCCAGAAAGCGUUUCGCCUUAUAUUCAGUCUUCAGUGCUGGGCAAAGGUGUGAAACACCGACCACCUCCCAUCAAGCUACCUUCAAGUACAGGAAGCGGCUCUUCAGGUAAUAUUUUCAGCCCACAGCAGUCGAGCGGCCACCUGAAAUGCCCAACUCCUCCUCCCCCGCAUCCCAAGCCUCCUGGCGUCUCUCGGAAGCAGGAUCCGAACCAGCUGGGCUUACUGUCACCCGCUGUGCUAUCCCCUGCCUGCUCUUCACAAAGAACCUCCUCCAGCCAUGUCAUGACAAACACUGCAGGACUUAACUUCAUCAAUAUAGUGGGCUCCGUCUGCGGAGCACAGACGCCGAGUGGCUCAAGCCCCGUGCUGGGGUGUGGGGCUGGCACAGUGAGCCCUGCGGGCAUAAAUCUGAGCAGCCUUCUUCCGUCAGGAGGCCUGUUGCCCAAUGCCCUGCCUGCUGCCAUGCCGCCCAGCUCUCAGCCAGAAGCUGCUGGACGGAUCGCCCCCAAAUUUUCACAUGACGUUCCUCCCUGUUGCGGGCAGGUAAUCGGACCUUCAAAUCACCGAAAGUCCAUACCUGAGCCAGCAGGUGCCCCUUUUGGUUUAAAGAACCCUUCAGGUCUUCAUCCUUUGAAUCUCCUACAGCUUCCAGGAGGCUCCUUGAUUUUCAACCCACUCCAGCAGCAGCAGCAGCUCUCCCCGUUUCCUUCCCAACUGCCACCACCACAGUCUGUGGCCGCCAGUCCUCAGCAGCAGGCAGAGCAGGCUUCGGAGCAAGGCUGCACAAACCCAGACCAGGCCUCGUCGGCACAGCAAGCCGCUGUGCUUAAUGUGACUGGAGUAGGGAAUUUCAUGCCACCUCAGACAAGUGCAGCAGUUACGAUUCUUGCCGCACCGAACGGCUACAGCAGCGGAGGCAGCUCAGCUCCGGCUUCGUCGUUCCGGCAGCCAGUCAAAAAGUAGGAACAGAAGACGCACAUCUAUGCUUCCCAAACCCUAGAAACUUGCAUUUUACAGAUAUGUAUAUAUAUUUAAAAAGGGAAUUUUAAACACUGCUUGACUUUUUAAAAAGCCAUUAAAAUUGGUAGUAAGUUUACUAGUGAAAUUGAAUUUGAGGUUACGCCACGAAGGGUUUUUUGUUUCUCUAGUGAAUGUCAGGCUGGUUUCUGUAAAUCAUAAAAAUUUGCUCAUUGUCAAGGAUUGUUUUAUAUUUCACAGUGGAAAAAUAUUUUGCUAUGACUUUAUAAAUGUAGCAUUUGACAAA